UUCUAUAUAAGGCCCCCAUCAAUUCUACUCAAAAGAAACCGAACGAGAACUAAAACAAAUUAAAAAUUCAGAAAACCCAAUUCAAAGAUGUGUGGAGGAGCAAUCAUCUCCGACUUCAUACCGCCAUCAAGAUCCAGAAAGCUCACUACUGAUUACCUGUCGCCCAAUUUGAAGAAGAAAGCAAAGAGCUUUGAGGAUGAUGAAGAUUUUGAAGCCGACUACAAUGAGUUCAUUGAUGAGUUUGAGAAGGGGUCUGAGGAGGGACCUGAGGUUGUUAAUGUCAAGCCCUUUGAGUUUGGGCCUAAAUCUGCCCUCUUUCAAGAGGAACCAAUUUCCAAGAAAAUCAUAGACCUCGAUUCACCUACUGACUGGUCUUCAAAGAGGAAGCGCAAGAACCAGUUCCGAGGGAUUCGCCAGCGUCCAUGGGGCAAAUGGGCAGCUGAGAUCAGAGACCCUCGCAAAGGGGUUCGUGUCUGGCUUGGGACUUUCAACACUGCUGAAGAAGCCGCGAGAGCCUACGAUGCUGAAGCUUGCAGGAUUCGUGGCAAAAAAGCCAAGGUCAACUUUCCCGAUGAGACACCAAAGAAUUCAACCAAGACAAAAUCCUCUGAGAAGCCAAUCCCUAAUCCAUCCUUGGGUUAUUUGAACGCACUGGAGCUUGAUUUCUUCUCUGACUUUGACUUCAUUGAGGAGAAGGUGCAAGUUAACCCUGUGAAAUCUGUGUCACCUUCUGAUCAGGGAAGUAACUCGUUUGAAGCUAAGACUCCGGAGAGUAAUGGGCUGGAUUUUCUUGAAGUUGGUGGCCCGAUGAAGAAAUUCAAGAACAAUUUUGAGGAGGGAGUAGCUGCUGAAGAGAAUAACAAUGUUGUGGAUCUCUCUGAAGAGCUUUCUGAUUUUGAAUCGUACAUGAAGUUCUUACAGAUCCCUUAUCUUGAGGGCAGCUCAGAUGAAUCUGUUGACAGUCUUCUGAAUAAUGAAGUGACUCAGGAUGAUAUGGGACUGUGGAGCUUCGACGAUCUGCCCAUCGAUGGCAGUGUCUAUUGAGAAAUCUCGGUUCUGACUACUGGUUUAUAUGUAUAUAUACUUUCAACGCAAGCUACUUGAUGUUCUUGUUGUUUUUACUCAGAAGUCAUCUAUGUUUUCCUUAUUGAAGAACCAGAGAGGUAUUGGCUUUGGUACAAUGUCAUGGAUAUAUGCUUCAUGCUGCUAUGUACGUGUAUCAUAUAUAUCUUGUCUGAUGUUUUAUUUCUGUUCCACUUGUGAAAUGUUUGUUCCAAGUACCGAGUUUGUGUGUCCUAAUGUUUGAAUUUGUGCGGUCUCAUGUUAUGACUUGAAUGGUAUAAUAAAAACUAGUAAAGGAUGUUCUGUUC